CAGGACGAGGAGGGCGCCCCGCAGGUGAAGUUCCCGUGCCCGCUCGCCAUGUGGGAGCUCGGGCACUGCGAUCCCAAGAAAUGCACCGGGAGGAAGCUGGCCCGGAAGGGCUUGCUCCGAACCCUGCGCCUCCGCCAGAGAUUCGCGGGCCUCGUCCUCAGCCCCCUGGCGGCCGAGGACCUGUCGCCGGCCGACAGGCAUGUCAUUGCUCAGAGUGGAAUUGCAGUCAUAGAUUGCUCAUGGGCCAAAUUAGAAGAAACUCCCUUUAAUAGAAUGAGAGGAAGUCAUCUUCGGCUGCUGCCUUACUUGGUGGCUGCAAAUCCUGUCAACUAUGGUCGGCCAUGCAAGCUGUCCUGCGUGGAAGCUUUUGCUGCAGCUUUUUGCAUUGUUGGAUUCCCAGACCUAGCCACCAUUCUUCUAAGGAAAUUUAAAUGGGGUAAGGCAUUUAUUGACUUGAACAAAAAUCUAUUGGAAAAAUACGCAACCUGUCAUUGCCAGGAAGAAGUGCUGAGAGUUGAAAAGGACUUUUUAGCCAGUGUCCAAGAAACAAAAGACGAAGAAAUAGAUCCAUUUGAUGUUGACUCAGGAAAAGAAUUUUCUAAUCCCAACAGACCAAUGAAUUCCCCAGGACUAGUACAAAGUAAUGAAGAAUCUGAGGAAGACAGCAUGAACACCCCAGGUGAUGCCACUGAAAGCAGCCAUGAGAGCAGUUCAGAAGAUGAUGGAAAGUUGCUGCAACCACGGCCAAUCAAUCAACUAUUUGAAAUGUAA